AUGGCCCAGCAGUGGAGCCCUCAAAAGCUCAUGGAUGGGCAGACACAGGACAGCGAUGAAGAUAGCACCCAGGCUAGCAUCUUCACCUAUACUAACAUCAACUCCACCAGAGGCCCCUUUGAAGGUCCAAAUUACCACAUUGCUCCCAGAUGGGUGUACCACCUCACCACCAUCUGGAUGCUCUUUGUGGUCAUUGCAUCUGUCUUCACUAACGGGCUUGUGCUUGUGGCCACCAUGAGGUUUAAGAAGCUACGUCAUCCUCUGAACUGGAUACUGGUGAACUUGGCAGUUGCUGAUCUGGCAGAGACCAUCAUAGCCAGCACCAUCAGUGUUGUGAACCAGUUCAAUGGCUACUUCGUUCUAGGCCACCCUCUCUGCGUUGUGGAAGGCUACACUGUCUCCUUGUGUGGGAUCACAGGUCUCUGGUCCCUGGCCAUCAUUUCCUGGGAGAGGUGGCUGGUGGUCUGCAAGCCCUUUGGCAAUGUGAGAUUUGAUGCCAAGCUUGCAAUUGUGGGCAUUGCCUUCUCCUGGAUCUGGUCUGCUGUGUGGACAGCCCCUCCCAUCUUUGGUUGGAGCAGGUACUGGCCUUAUGGCCUGAAGACAUCCUGUGGCCCAGAUGUGUUCAGCGGCACCUCCUACCCUGGCGUGCAGUCUUACAUGAUGGUCCUCAUGGUGACAUGCUGCAUCAUCCCGCUCAGCAUCAUCGUGCUCUGUUACCUCCAAGUGUGGCUGGCCAUCCGAGCAGUGGCAAAGCUUCAGAAAGAAUCUGAGUCCACUCAGAAGGCCGAGAAGGAGGUGACACGCAUGGUGGUGGUGAUGGUUUUAGCAUACUGCAUCUGCUGGGGCCCCUAUGCCUUCUUCGCAUGCUUUGCUACUGCCCACCCUGGCUAUGCCUUCCACCCUUUGGUGGCUGCCCUACCAUCCUACUUCGCCAAGAGUGCCACGAUCUACAAUCCCAUUAUCUAUGUUUUCAUGAACCGGCAGUUUCGAAACUGCAUCUUGCAGCUUUUUGGGAAGAAAGUUGAUGAUAGCUCCGAACUCUCCAGCACCUCUAAAACAGAGGCCUCAUCUGUCUCUUCAGUGUCACCCGCCUGA